AUGGCAUUACAUAAGGAUGUGAAUUAUGUGUGGAUCGAUAAUAUUGAUGUGUUAUUGAUGAUAUUGGGUGCAAUAUCAUUCCAACACCAAUUACACCCCCAACCCGAACACCUGUCCGCACGUGCACCGGGGCAUUAUAGAAAAGCUGGGAAGCUGAUGGUCAGUAGCUUCCAAAUUAAACAGAGGGCCGGAAUGCAAACUUCCUCUCCGUCCUCCGGCGAACUCGCCGCCUCCAACUCCUCCUCUCUCCGACGUCCCCGCGGCCGUCCUCCGGGUUCCAAAAACAAGCCGAAGCAGCCAAUUACUGUUGCACAUGAAACUCCCAGCUCCCUGAGAUCCCACUUAUUCGAGAUCACAACCGGCUCCGACAUCAUCAGCUCUAUCGCCGGUUAUGCUCGCCGGAGACAUCGUGGGGUCUACGUUCUCACAGCCACCGGCGUAGUCGCCGACAUAUCUCUCCGGCAGCCCGGAGUGCCACCCGGCUCCGAUGUAGCCGUGCUACGCGGCCGUUAUGAGAUUCUUUCCCUCACUGGAUCUUUCUUGCCGGCAGCAACAGGGCUGGCCGUGCUUCUUUCCGGCGGUCAGGGGCUGGUUGUUGGGGGUUACGUCGCCGGCGAGCUCGUGGCCUCGGGUCCGGUCAUGGUUGUUGCCGCCACCUUCAGGAACGCCGUGUACGAGAGACUGCCUAUAGAGGAAUCAGCAACGGCGGCGGCUGCAAGUUUUGAAGAGAUGAAAGAGAGUAGAGUGAAAGGAGGAGUUUUGGUGGGCUGCGGUGGAGCAUCGCAGGCGGCGGUGGCGGAGAAAAGAUUACCGGCUAUGCAGAACUAUAACAUGCCGGCGCCAAAGCUACUCUUGAAUGAGGUGUUUGGAGGUGUUUGGUCUGCGGCGGCGGCGGCGGCGGGGGGCGGCGGCGGCGGUGGGUUCUAA